AAAGGGGAGUGUUAGGUGGUCGCUCCUCUUCAUACCGUAUAAAUAGAGAGCGAGAGGGAGCGCCGCCGCAAAGCCCCCGAACCCCUUCGCCGCCCUCCGCCCACUCUCUUCCCCGAGAAGACCCCGACGGGAGUGAGACGGCCCCGGUCUGACUUUACCCCUUCGAUCCGAUCCGGUCCAACCGGCAGUCGUCUCGCCGAGGGUUUCGAGCCGGCCCGACCUGGUUCUUGAGCUAGUCCGGAGAUUCCAUGGCGUCGGAGAAUGUGGUGGGGAAGAACACGGGGGAGUCGGCGGUCACGACGAUCGUCAACCUCGCGGCGGAGGAGGCCAAGCUCGCGAGGGAGGGCGUCAAGGCCCCCGGCCACGCGAUCCUCAGCAUCUGCAAGUCUCUCGUCGCCGGUGGUGUCGCCGGAGGAGUAUCAAGAACUGCUGUUGCUCCGCUUGAGCGGUUGAAAAUUCUACUUCAGGUUCAAAAUCCUCACAGUAUUCAGUAUAAUGGAACCAUACAAGGCCUCAAGUACAUAUGGAAAUCUGAGGGUUUUCGAGGACUAUUCAAAGGCAACGGAACUAACUGCGCACGCAUCAUUCCAAAUUCUGCAGUCAAAUUUUUUAGCUACGAACAAGCAUCAAGUGGAAUUUUGUGGCUUUACCGACGACACUCUGGCAAAGAAGAUGCUCAGCUUACUCCUGUUUUGCGUCUUGGAGCGGGAGCAUGUGCUGGAAUAAUUGCAAUGUCUGCGACUUAUCCCAUGGACAUGGUUCGUGGCAGGAUCACUGUGCAGACUGAAAAGUCUCCGUACCAGUACAGAGGAAUGUUUCAUGCAUUGCGCACAGUCUAUUGUGAGGAAGGUUUUCGUGCUCUGUACAAGGGCUGGCUUCCAUCAGUUAUAGGAGUAAUUCCAUACGUGGGCCUCAACUUUGCUGUCUAUGAAUCUCUAAAGGACUGGUUGAUCAAAACCAACCCAUACGGGCUGGUUGAAGACUCGGAAUUGAGCAUCGUCACAAGGCUCGGCUGCGGAGCGGUUGCUGGAACGGUUGGUCAGACUGUUGCCUACCCUCUCGAUGUAAUCCGGAGAAGAAUGCAAAUGGUGGGUUGGAAGGAUGCUGCUUCUAUUGUGACCGGACAUGGAAGGAGCAAAGCACCUUUAGAAUACAAUGGCAUGGUAGAUGCCUUCAGGAAAACUGUCCGUAACGAAGGCUUCGGUGCAUUAUACAAAGGUCUUGUCCCCAAUUCAGUAAAGGUGGUGCCAUCAAUUGCAAUUGCUUUUGUGACGUACGAGGUGGUAAAGGAUGUUCUUGGUGUAGAAAUGAGGAUAUCGGAUUGAUGGUGUCGAUGCUGCGCCCACUGUUGUCGUGAGGAGAGUUGGCUUCGUCUUUACUGCGUGCGCAGAUUGAUGCGUAGAUGUUCCAUGUUAAUGACUGCUGCUGAACAUUUUGGUUUCCUCAGUUGGCUUGAAGAAUAAAUCGGCUGUACCGCAGUAGGAAGCCUAACUUAA